AUGGCUACGGACGAAGAGAAAUGUAAAGUGGCGAAAUUACUCCAAGAUUUAGAAGUGCCCGAGAUAAAAAUGCCCGAACGAUGCUCUGGAUUAGUGAAAGAAUUUCAGCAGAUAUAUGGGCUGGAAAUGGAAAGUGAGGUUUUAGUAGAAGAGAUUUACGAUAAUCCUUAUGUUGUCGAUAAGAAGUUGUUGGAAGAGAAUGAGAGGAAGUUACAAGAGCUGUUGGCUGAGAAUAAGCGAGCCAAAAAACAGUUGCCAGAGAACGUGAUGUCUGGACCUGAUCCAAAACGACUGUGGCGUACACAAUCAAGCAAAGAAAAACUUUUUCGUAUCGACAACGAUAUCAAAAGACAUUUGGAGAAAGGCGGUCAGUCUAUCGACCCUCUUCAAGAAGAAGAAAUGCAAGAUCUGGUGAAGGAAUGUAGAGAAGAGACCCUACGAAACCCACCCGUAAACCCAGACCGGCUCCGGGAAACAGUGGUUGAGGCACGGAAGAAUCUACCUAAUUUCCAAUACCGCACGAUUGAGAACAGCACAGCAACAAAUAUUCUCCCUAAUGCUCACGAAAAGACCUCUGAAGUGCCUAAUCAAGAAUUUCUUUAA